UCCGGGGUUAAGUUGAUGCUGUGAAGCCCAAAAACUAGCAAUAUCACGAUAAAUUUGUUAUGUCUGAAUGCGUUCUGUACACUGAACGACACACCUUAUGGUGAGAAAGCACGACAAGCUGGAUUCCGGCGGGAGACUAAUCAAUGUGGAGUUCAAACACGGCAAAAAGAUGAAAAAGCGUCGUGAACUGGACGCGCUUGUCAGCAAUGGAAAGGCCCGGCGAAAAACCAGAAGCGGUCACGAACUUCUGCGAAAUGAAUCGGAUUCUUCUGAAAUCGAGGAGUUUAGCUCACCAGACACGAAAAUCAGUGUUAGAAAUCGACGUGGUGGUUCUUUGUGUGGCACAUGCCUGACUGUCUUGGCCUUCCUACUGCUUCUGGCAUGUGUUGUGGCCUGUGCAGGCCUGAUGUGGGUGCAUCUGGAGCUAAAGACAGAGAUAGAUACAUUGAGGGGCAGAAUUCAAUCAGCUGAAAACAGUAAUCAAGGUGUACCUGCAGAAUUGGAGAGUAUCAAAUCUCAAUUACAGGACUGGAAUAAAACUCUGUUGGGUUAUCGCAGUGGGAAACAAGGCCUGGAAGAGGUGAUCAAAAAUCUUACCACUGUUAGUCAACAGGUAAAAUUACUACAGACGUUGCUGACAGAAAUCAAGAAGAAGAUGGGUCAACACCCUGACGAAUCUAGCAUGGAUGGCCAAAAUCUUGCUAAAAGCAUGGCAGAUAUUGGCAGUGACUUGGAGACUGUUAAGAAACAACAUGCACAGCUUGAGGACAAAACAAAGAAAAAUAUUCAGAAGUUGGAGGAUAGAGUUGCGCAGCUUGAGAAUCAGCUGAAAAUGAUGGUUAUGCCUUCACUCCCUCCUACUCCAGCUGUAGCUUCUAUGAAUAAGGAGCAGACUACUGAACUGACACUUCAGCUUGAGCAGAUGCAGAAGGAAUUACAGACAACCAAUGCAUCUUUGUAUGGGGAGAUCAAUGUUAUAAGACAGGAGCUCUCUAAUCAUGAGAGUCAAUUUGAAGCCCUAGAAAGUCAAUCUUCCAAGAAACCUGUUUCCAUCAACACAACAGCUAUUAUGGUCAAUUUGAGAAGUGAGCUAACUACUUACAUACAGUCCAUGCUUUCUAAUUCUAGCAAGUCUGCUGCUCCAGUGGUCCCAGACUCUGUCCUGGAUACGAUCAAAGAUGAAGUUAAGAAUAUUUCUGUGGCAGUAGGCAGUCUGGAACAGCAGAUUAAUACAGAAGGAAGCUCGGCAGACUCUGUUAAUAUGGCUAAAACACUUGCAGUACUGCAUGGUCAUAUUAACUCUACAGACAACAAUGUACAAAACUUGAACAAUUCUGUUGGCAAGCUGGAGACUACAGUGGAGAAACUGAUGCAUCUAUAUGUUGAAGAGAAGAAUGUGAUAAUGAAUUUGACCCAUAAUGUUCAUGGAAUUCUCAGAUAUGUUGACCGACUUUCAGGUCCUCAAAAUACUCUGAAUAGUGAUACCACAGAAUCCAAUACCACACCUGCACCUCAGCUGGAUACCCAGACAACUGAAGGCAUUUCUGAAACCACCAGGACCGAAAACCGCCGAGAUACAUCGAACUUAAAAGAAGAAUUACAUGAAAUUUUUGAAUAAUGCUUAAUAGAGAUGGUGGUGAAUGUCGUGUACGGGUCUGAAAAUCUCUAUAAAUUAUCCCGCUUCUUCACAUUUCCGCCAUUCAUGUGAACAUUUCCAAAGUAUAAAUAUAUAUUGUAUUGUUUAUCUGCUUUGACCUUGUUGCAGACUAUAGUUAGUAAGCUUUACAAAAUGUUAUUCAUUUGUUUGAUGACUGUUAGGCACAGUGAUCAGUGUGGGCAAACCCAGCUGUCAGUAUCUUCAUGUAGCUCUGUUGAAACCUUAUCUUGAUUUGGAAGUGCAUAUUGUUAAAUUAUGAAAAGAAAUAUUUUAAAUUUUUGUAUAAAGCUUACCUAGUAUUGAGAGCUUAGGAUAAUGUUAAUGUUUCAUCUUUAGUCAUCUUUAGUUUCAUCCUGUCAAUAUGCAGGUUUUUUCUUUUCUUUGAGGCUUAUGAGUAGGACUUGUACAAGAUGGAAUGUGUAAUUGAUAUGUGAUAUGUUGCUUUAAUAGACUGUUAUGACAACCAAUAAUUAUGUUAUAGUGUAGAUUAUUUUCAUACAUCAUGUUGCUAAAUCUUGUUAUAUUGUUAACUUGGCUUGAAUUCUUUGAAGAACAAAGUUUAUAAUAUUUAUGCCCUUUUUGCCCCAUUGUUUUUGUGUAUGUUCUUCUGUUGGUGUCAAAAUUUGUAAGUGUUGCUCAUUUUCAUGUCACAUUGCAAGUCUAUAUUCAAAACACACUCUUUAUUCAAAGACAGCCCUAUUUUGGAAGGCACCUCCAGAUUUGGUAUUUGACUGUCAAUGCACUGCCAGCUUGACCUGAUAAUAAUAAAACUAAAAAUUGGAGCAAAGUUACAAAUGUAUUUAUGACGAAUUCUAAUGUUCUGGAUUUACUGAAUCAUCUUUGUGUAUGGAGCAUUUCUGUUGGAUAGUCCAAUCCUUAAAAGAAGAAAUUUGUUCUACUGUAUGCACCUGUUCCAGCUCUAAGAAAACUAACAAAUUUGUAAAACUUGGUUUGAUGGCUUGGGUCUUGUGCUCUUCAGGUAAAAAUCUGUGUUCAUGGAAUUUGUUGUAUAUCUCUGUUGGCCAUUACAAAUGUGCACUCGUGCUUGUGAACUGCAGGUGGCCUUCAAAGAUAAGUUUGUGUAACUAUUACCCUGUGUGCCAGUGCUGGGGGAAAAGCCUGAAUGGUGCUCAUAGAAUUAUGACGAAGAAAUAAGUAGAUGUGCCAUCGUUCUGCAACAGCUUUAUUCCAGAUUAUUCAGUCACUAGUAUAAAAUUUAACAAAAAGUAAAAUGCAGCAUUUUUCUGAAAUAAUUAUGAUUUUUCAAAUGAACAUGAAGUCUCUUUUUAUUUUUAUUUUUUCAUUUCCAUUUCCAUUUGUGAAUCUGCUGCAAUGUGCAGAUUGUAAGUUUUGUAUUUUAAGUAAUGGUACUAUAAAAAAUUGGAUAAAUGAGCUAAUAUGUAUACUGUAUAUUAAGCUAGCCACAUUGUGAAUUUGUAUUGUAAUACUGCAUUUACCUGUACAAAGCCUGUUAGCUAGAUGUAUUGUCAUGUUCAAAUCCAAUUGACUUUUUUCCCUACUGUAUUAAUAACUGUUCUUUUGUUUAAUUUGUGUUCAGCUGCAGGUAUUUGUUUGUAAUCACAUUUUGUCUGUACAUUCAGUUGGCUUGAAUAGUCAGUUUGUCUAUCUUCAAUUUGUCAGUAUUUUCAAUCUGUAAUGUCAGUUUCUGAAGAAGUCCCUAUUUCUUUCCUUAUAUUUUAAAUGAGAUUUUUAUGAAUGCUUUGAACUUAUGUUCAUUUUAGGUACUAUGAUAACUUUACUACUGCACAUGGGUUGAUAUGUAGAAUGAUUGCAGAAAGAGACGUAUGUUAUGUACCAGGUAUAAAACCAUUAGGAGACAUUUGGUUUCUCCACUGACUUAAAUAGUAGAUCUGAUAGUUUCCAUAAUUUAUUUGAUAUUAUGAAAUAAUGUGCAGUAGCUUAAGACAUAAUAAAGGAAGAAUGUGUGUGCAAUUCUUAUAAUGAUAGAUCUAUUUGACUUCAGAUUAUCCUGAUUCAUAAUUUAGAAACCAUUGUUAUGGUGUGAAAAGUAGAGUAUCAUGUUAAAUCUUAGAUAAUCUUAGAUAAUUAGAUAUUGGUUUGUUUUCACUCCAUCAUUGACUCUUGGCACAAGAUUUCUUUUUCAAAUACUUUAAAUAUUUUGCCUAUCACAAAGCAAUAAAAUUGUUAAAAGCUUUCUCAACCAUCACAAAAGUAUGGAAGUUGCAUAUUUUAAUAGUUUAUUUCAAACGUUUAUUUCGGAAGUAGAAACUCUGAAUCUUUAAAAUAGCACCAAAAAUGACCUGAACCAUGUGUAAAUAAUGUAGAUAGAUUGAAAGUGUACUGUGCUUUGAACCAUAUCCCACGAGAAUGUACAUACGUAGUCUCAGCAUUGUGUACAUAAGCAGACUGAAUCCAGUAACACAGGUGUGACUACGCCAAAAAAAAAAAAUAAAUAAAUGAAAAACCGUAAGUGUCGAAAUAAUAAGUGAAUGCUAAGCAGCAUGGCUUGUCAUGCUUGAUGUAUAUGUACGAACACUACCUGGCCCGAAGCUCAAAAAAAAUAUCAAUAUUGCACGUCCCAAAAUAAGUAAUCGGUCAGUGUUCUAGAACUCCUAGCGACGUCUCAUGUUAUACAAUAUCAACACUGGAUGUAAAAUGUUAUUACAUAUCAUUGCUGUGAUAAAGAAUUAAAC